CCCUCAUUAUUACAGCCUUAUUUAACCGCACACCAAACAUACAAUUUCCCUCCAAUUACUAUAAUUUCCAAUUUCAGUGAGUGAACUCGCCCAACCCCGCCGUUCUAGGUGAAGCUCAGAACCACUCAAAACCCUAACGCCACUCAGUCGUUCGCACCAGAAUUGCGUUUCAUUAUUUCCCUGUCGGUAAGUUUUUCAUUAUUCUGGAACCAUUUAAUCACCAAUUUGCUGUCUAAAAUGACUUUAUUGCUCUGAAUUUGGGUGAUCUGAAAAUUUCAGUGCUCAGUUUGAUUUAAAUGUUCGGUGGUGAUUUGUUGUAAUUGCACUCGAUUUUUUAGUUUUUGGUAGGAAAAAGUGGUUUUCCAAGUGUACCUUUUGCGUGAAAUGAAAGAUGGUUCUGGAUUUAGAAUGAAUUUAUAUGCAUAUAGGUGAUGACGAGUAGUUUUUGUUGUUAGUUGAAGGCCAUUUUACUGGAGCUGAAUAUAAGAAAAGAAAUAUGGAGGUGUGUUGCGGUGUUUGGGUUGAGAAAUGUGCAAUUUUUUUGUAAUUUUUUUACAUUGAAUUAGAAUUGGCAAGUUUUAGAAAGUGGAAAAAAUGGGUGAGACUAGGGAGACCUCGGUAUCAGAUAGUUCGGGCUUUAAGAGGUCAUUGAGAAAGAAAAACAGUAUAAGGAAUUAUGAUGAGAAUUUGAUGGAUGAGUUGAUAGAGAGCCAUUUGGGGGCUUCUUUGAGGAAAAAGAACAGAACACAGGAGGACUUGGAGAAAGAAACAGAGAUUGAGGCCAUGAUAGCACUAUCUUUGGGAUUUCCAAUAGAUGAGUUACUACGCGAGGAAAUUGAGGCUGGAGUUGUGAGUACUUUGGGUGGAAAAGAACAAAAUGAUUAUAUUGUUGUGAGGAACCACAUACUCGCGAAGUGGAGGGACAAUGUUAGGUCAUGGCUUUCAAAAGGGCAAAUAAAAGAAAAUGUGAGUAAUGAGUAUGCACACUUGAUAAAUGCAGCUUAUGACUUUCUUUUAAAUAAUGGAUAUAUAAAUUUUGGGGUUUCACCAGCGUUUGAGUCUAAGAAUCCUCAUGAAGCCAUACAAGGGUCUGUAAUAAUUGUUGGCGCUGGCCUUUCUGGGUUGGCAGCAGCAAGGCAGCUCAUGUCUUUUGGUUUCAAAGUGAUGGUCCUUGAAGGUAGGAACCGACCGGGGGGAAGAGUUUAUACUCAAAAGAUGGGUCAAAAGGGUAAUUACGCUGCUGUUGAUCUUGGUGGUAGUGUUAUAACUGGUAUCCAUGCCAACCCCUUGGGGGUUUUGGCUAGGCAACUGUCCAUUCCUCUUCAUAAGGUUAGAGAUAAAUGCCUGCUGUACAAGCCUGAUGGAACACCUGUUGAGAAAGAAAUUGAUUCCAAAAUUGAGCUCAUUUUCAAUAAGAUGCUUGACAAAGUCACUCAAUUGAGAGAAUUUAUGGGUGGAUUUGGUAGCGAUAUUUCUUUAGGUUCAGUUUUGGAGACACUUAAACUAUUAUAUUCUGUGGCUAGAAGUGACGAGGAAAAGCAACUUCUUGAUUGGCAUUUUGCUAACCUGGAAUAUGCCAAUGCCGGAAACCUUGUGAACCUUUCUGCUGCUUAUUGGGAUCAGGAUGACCCUUAUGAGAUGGGAGGAGAUCAUUGCUUUCUUGCAGGUGGAAACGGGAAAUUAAUUAGAGCAUUGUGUGAAGGAAUUCCUAUCUUCUAUGAGAAGAAAGUUCAGACCAUUAUGUAUGGUGAUGAAGGAGUUGAGGUCAUUGCCGGAAACCAAGUGUUUCAAGCAGAUAUGGUCCUUUGCACUGUUCCUCUUGGGGUCCUUAAAAAGAAAACUAUCGUCUUUGAACCAGAGUUACCUGAAGAGAAGCUUGCAGCAAUAGAAAGACUGGGAUUUGGGUUGCUCAAUAAGGUUGCCAUGGUAUUCCCUCAUGUUUUCUGGGGCGAGGACAUGGAUACAUUUGGAUGUCUUAGCAAACAGAGUUACAAGCGGGGAGAGUUCUUUCUGUUCUACAGUUACCAUACUGUUUCUGGGGGUCCGGUCCUGGUUGCACUGGUGGCUGGGGAAGCUGCACAAUCUUUUGAAUAUACAGACCCCUCUGCUUCUCUUCACCAGGUUUUGGGUAUUCUCAAAGGCAUAUAUGGUCCUAAGGGAAUCGACGUGCCUAAUCCUCUACAAUCCAUAUGCACGAGAUGGGGGACUGAUCCUUUUUCUUAUGGCUCAUAUUCGCAUGUCAGAGUGAAGUCCUCUGGCAACGAUUACGAAGUACUUGCAGAAAGUGUAGGUAGCCGUUUGUUUUUUGCUGGUGAGGCAACAAUUAGGCAACACCCUGCCACCAUGCAUGGUGCCUAUCUCAGUGGUCUACGAGAAGCUUCACGCAUACUCCAAGCUUCAAGGGCUCAGCAAAAUAAUACAAAGUACAUACAGAGGAAUAUUGCACCCAGCGAUGAUACUUUAUUGGAUCUAUACAAGACACCUGAUCUAGCAUUUGGGAAGUUCUAUUUUGUCUUUGAUCCUUUGUCUCAAGACCCAAAAUCAUUGGGGAUUAUGAGAGUGGCUUUAGGGAAGUCCUGCUGGGAAUGCAGUAAUGAACACUGUAGUUUGGAGAAUAGAGAAGGUAGCUGUCAACAUUUGUUAAAUGAGUCACUUCAGCUUUAUACAGUAACAUCUCGCGAACAGGCACUAGAGUUGCAGCAGGUGACUGGAGGAAGCGAAAAUCAAAUGUCCUACUUGUUCAAAAAUCUUGGCCUGAGGCUAGUGGGUGCCAAUGGAUUAGGACUUUUGGGUAACUCCGUGAUAUCUAACAUUGUUAGUGCAAGAAGAGGUAGAGGUCGGUUUCGCAUGUCUUCUGUACAGCAAAAUGCUGUAUAGAAUUACUUCUAUUCUCCAUGAUUAGAUUUGUAGUCAUCUCAAUAUAUUAGCACAAUUAUUUUUAUGCAUCCACAGUUUUCAUAUAGGGAAGAUACAGAUUUAGACAUGUUUUUGUUUCUAGGUCCUGUCAGGAUGUUGAAAGGGGUUAUUUCAUGAACCCAGUGACGUGAUUUUUUGAAAAUUCGACAGUAAUGUCGAUCAAUUUUCAGUAGGCCUAAGACUCUGCUAAACAUAGGUGACUUUAGCUGGUGAAGAAUUGUGCUGGAGAGCAGUUGCGUUCCCGCAUUAGUGAAUAGUGGAAAUGGCAUUUGUAGACGCAGUCCAGCCCUUUGUUUUCAUUGAUUUUUACUGUUUUUUCAAUGUGGGUUGAAAACUGUAAGCUGAUAAACUAGAAUUUUUCCUUUCCAAUUUUACCUCAUGUAUUUUUUGUGCUAGAAAAACAAAACAAUAAUAUGAAGUUGGGCUUGUCAUUA